GCUUCGCCUACCGGCCGACAGAUGGCGCUGUGCAGCAGGAACGCCGUUGUUGGCGAGACUGAGGUGCCGCUGGGUGACUUCACGACCGAGUCACCCCAGUUCUCCGUCUCGAUUGAGGGCCUCUUCCAGCUUCGUCCGGUGCCUGCUGACGCGGAGUGGCUGGGAAGCGUUCAGCCCGAGUACCGGCCCAUCGUCGGUGUGCACGUCGAGAUCCGCGAGGAACCCGUGCACUCAGAACCCCGGAGUGAGCUUCCGGAACGAGCCACCGCGUCCGGACCGCCCGACGUUCCGACUUCCCUGGCGAACGACAACGAACGCACGCCGCCGAGGGCGCGGAGCCGCGACCGACCCGCGCCAAGCCCCACGCGAACGGCGCACUCGACUUCGCCACCGCAGCGGCGCAGGAACGUGGAGUUCUCACCCCCGCAGAAGUUGGACAGGCAGCAGAACCUGCCGCCGUCCGCUCCGCUCGGUGGAGCGUCUGGAUCCGGAAGCGCUCCGAGCCAGUUCCCGUUCGGCGACGACGGUGCAAGGAGGGCGGAGGUCAUCGACUUGACAAACGACAGGGAGCCCCACAGUUUCCAUCACUACGUGCUCUCGCUCGACAUCAGGAGCCUGCUACUCCGCGCAGCCAAAGGGAGCUCGACGCAGUGCUACGUCAGGUACCACUAUCCCUUCCUGGGCACCACGGUGCCGUUCCGGUCCCGUCCGCCGACCGUCGUGCGGCCUGGCACAAGCGCCACCGUCGGCGGCGGCUACGCAUCGUAUCACUUCGCCGCCAACUCGGACAUGGUCGAAGCUGCCUUCACGGAGGUUCCGCUUUCGGUCGACGUCGUUAGCAUCGAUGGACACACGGAGCGUCUGCUUGGGACGGCCGACUUCAGCCUGAGCCCUGUUCUUAGUUGUCCGACUUCUACCUUUGUGCAGGACGGGAGCCGCAAGUUGGGCAGUCGAAGAGUAAGGACCAGCAAGGCCUCUUUGCUGGACACAAGGAGGUCGCUUGUCGGAGAGCUCGAAGCCGUCAUUUGUCUCGACGACCUCGGCGUGACGGUUGUGCCUCCCGCAACUCCGCUGCAGGGCGACAGAACCAGGCUUCCCCAGGUUCCCGCAACGCCGGGUGCAGAAGGUACCGCGGCCUACGAAAGGGAAAUUUUCAAGAUCAUGACGGAACUCGAGCUGUGGAAAGAGCAGCAGGAGAUCCUCUUCAGGAGCCGGUUAAAAGAGAAAGAGGACGCCCAUCUGAAGGCAAUUUCGGAGGAGUGGAAGAAACACGACCUGGAACGUGAGGCAGCCCUCAAGAAGCGGUUUGGUCAGCAGAAGUCCGACUUCCAGUUCCUGAAGGGACGGCUUCAGAAGGAGACCAAAGACACAAUCAAGCGCUCUCUGCAGGAAUAUGAGCACCUCCUCAGCCUAGAAAAGAAAAAGGUAGCUGAUCUCGAAGCCGAGCAGCAAAGACUUAGGAACCAGGUGUCCAAAUUGGAGAAGGCACUUUUGACAGCCGAGAGCAGCCAGCGGGACCGCUUCGCCAAGGAGGUGCAGUUGCAGCGCGACUACGAAAAGCUCCUCUCCGACAAGGUGGAGAUGCUGAAGGACCUCCACGAAGCACUGCAGCAGAAGCACAAGUUCAGCGAGGAGCUCCAAAAGACGCGGAGCCGCCUGGCAGACUGUGAGGAGGCGCUAAGGCGGUCGGAGCGGCAGCACGGUGUGCAGGCUCACCACGACGAAGUUGAGGCGCUCUACCGGAGGGCCAAGGCACGCUUCGAGCUCCAGCGGCUCGAAGCGUCGACGGCCCCGUCUGCUCCGUCGUCGGCGGUGACGUCCGGCCAGGGCACUUCUCGUCCGGGCACCGCCACAGAGUGA